CUUCAUCAUUUCGUUCAAGUCAUAGCGCCCUCCUCUCUCUCUCUCUCCUCUCUCUCUCUGUUGCUCUCUUUCUCGCUGCUCUCCUUCCCCUCCCCUUCUGUGGAUGGUGUAGCUCUCUCUCUCUUUCUCCCUCUCUCUCUCUCGCAGUCUGGUGGAGCUGCACACAAGGAUUAGAGGGUUGUUGUGAGUGUCUGCUCAAAGAGAAGAAGGCAGAAAGAGAUAUAUCUAUUUUUUUAAAUCUCUAGGACAGGAUAGCCUUACUGUUGUGGAUAAGUGUUCUGAUUUACCUUUACACAGCAUCUACCUCUCAUCUAAGUCGCACCAAGCUGAAGCGCUGCUGCGCCUUCACCUGGGGGAGGACAGAUCAGCCCGGGGGACUAUCUUGCCUGGACCUCCACACGGGGAGCCAUGUGAGCAGCACCCCACCACCACUACCGACUUCACACUACAGAAGUCUCCCUCCACAGUCUGCACUCUGAGCUGGGGAGCACAACCAGGAUUUUUCACCCCUCUCCCUGGAAUCUCUACUUUCCGGGCUUGAGUGUGGGGACUCUCCAAGCUUGGUGUACCCCAGUGGAAGGCACUCUUCUCAGGGCACUGGUCGGGCUGUGAGUGCCCCCCUGGUCUGGAGGCCAGCCAGCAGCACUCCAGCACCAUGGAAUACCUUCUUGGGAUUGUAGUGCUGCUGUGUGGGGCGGUGCAGCCGGGAAGAGGAGUUAAUCCAAAGCACAACGUACCCAGACUAAAGCUGUCAUACAAGGAGAUGUUAGAGUCUAGUAACCUCAUCACCUUCAAUGGCUUGGCAAACAGCUCGAGCUACGACAGUUUCCUAUUGGACGAGGAGCGAGGGAGACUGCUGGUUGGAGCUGAGGACCACAUUUUCUCAUUUGAUCUCGUUAAUAUCAACAGGGACAACAAACAGAUUGCGUGGCCCGCCACCCCCUCUAAGAGGGAUGAAUGCAAGUGGGCAGGGAAAGACCUAGGGAAGGAGUGUUCUAACUUCAUCCGUGUCCUUCAACCGUACAACCAGACCCAUCUGUACAUCUGUGGCACAGGAGCCUUCCACCCCAUCUGUGCUUAUCUGGAAAUGGGCAAGAAGGCAGAGGACAACAUCUUCCGACUGGCCUCACAAUUUGAGAACGGCCGCGGGAAAAGCCCCUACGACCCCAAAAUGCUCUCAGCCUCACUUCUCCUUGAUGGAGAGCUGUACUCGGGCACAUCUGCUGACUUCAUGGGAAGGGACUUUGCCAUUUUCCGUACGCUGGGAGAUCAUCAUCCAAUCAGAACAGAGCAGCAUGAUUCAAGAUGGCUGAAUGAUCCCAGAUUCGUAGGCAUACACCUGAUCCCUGAGAGCGACAACCCCGAAGAUGACAAGAUCUUCCUGUUUUUCAAAGAGAACGCCAUGGACGGGGAGCACACUGGGAAAGCUACUAUUGCCAGGAUAGGACAACUGUGUAAGAAUGACAUGGGAGGUCACAGGAGCCUGGUCAACAAAUGGACCACUUUUCUCAAAGCGCGGCUAAUAUGCGCAGUUCCUGGCGUCAAUGGCAUUGACACACAUUUCGACGAACUACAGGACGUGUUUCUCAUGAGCUCCAAGGACCCAAAGAAUCCUGUUAUCUACGCUGUAUUCACCACAUCCAGUAACAUAUUUAAAGGCUCAGCAGUGUGUAUGUACAACAUGGCAGACAUCAGGAGGGUUUUCCUGGGUCCCUAUGCCCACAGAGAUGGACCCAACUACCAGUGGGUGCCCUUCCAAGGGAGGGUGCCCUACCCUCGCCCUGGAACUUGCCCCAGCAAGACAUUUGGAGGUUUCGAUUCUACGAAGGACCUUCCGGAUGAUGUCAUCACCUUCGCCAGGGGUCACCCUGCCAUGUACAACCCGGUGCACCCAAUAGGGGGACGUCCCAUAAUGGUACGCACGGACGUGGACUACCAGUUUACCCAGCUGGUGGUGGACAAAGUGGAGGCAGAGGAUGGGCAAUAUGACGUCAUGUUCAUUGGCACAGAUAAAGGAACAGUGCUGAAGGUGGUGACGAUCCCCAGAGAAAGCUGGCAUGACCUUGAGGAGGUUGUACUGGAAGAGAUGACUGUCUUUAGGGAGCCUACUCCCAUUACUGCUAUGGAGCUGUCCACCAAGCAGCAACAGCUGUACCUUGGCUCAGCCCUGGGUGUAUCGCAGAUGUCUUUACACCGUUGCGAAGUGUAUGGGAAAGCUUGCGCUGAGUGCUGCCUGGCCAGAGACCCUUACUGCGCCUGGGACGGUGCUGAGUGCUCGAGAUACUUUCCUACUGCCAAGAGGCGAACCAGACGGCAAGACAUCAGAAAUGGAGAUCCUCUUUCCCAGUGCUCAGACCUUCAGCAUCACGAUGACAUGGAUGGCUUAGGGGACAGCGUGGAGGACAGGAGUGUGUUUGGUGUGGAGAACAGCAGUAUGUUUCUAGAGUGCAGCCCCAAGUCUCAAAGAGCGCUCAUCUACUGGCAACUGCAGAAGCCCAACGACGAGCGCAAGCUUGAGAUAAAGCUAGAUGACAGAGUGCUGCGUACAGACCAAGGUCUGCUGAUACGCAGCCUCACUCAGUUUGACACAGGCGUCUACCAUUGCCAGGCUGUGGAACACGGCUUUAUCCAGCCUCUGCUACGCCUCAACCUCCAGGUCAUCCCCACCCAGAGAUUGGGUGACAUCCUGCCAGGAAUUCCUGGUGCGGGAGGUGGCGCAGGUCACUCAGCCAAACACAGGAUGUGGUACCGAGAUUUUCUGUCUCUCUUGGACCACCCAGAGCUAAACAGCGUGGAGGAGUUUUGUGACAGAGUGUGGAAGAAAGAGCGCAAACAGAAGAGGGUGAAGACACCUAACAGCAACAGUCAGGGCAAGCCUGACAGCGCAGGCGGGUCCAACUCUGCAUUACAGCCUAGAGCUUUAGCUCCCACUGCUCAGAAACAGCAAGCCAGUCCACCUCUCAGUCGGCCAUGGCUUCAGGCUGGAGAUCUAACAGUAGAAGAGCCAACACUCAGUCAGAAUACCCAAAAGGGUAUAUUGAGCAGUCAGGCACCUAAGAACAACCAGAAAACCCAAAAUGGCCAGAAGGGGCAGGCCAGGCUAGCUGGUUCUCAGCUCGCAGGGGGAUCUCGGGCGAGCAGCCAACAUGCAACCAAGUGGAGACGGAUGCAGGAAAAUAAGAAGGGACGCAACAGGAGGACCCAUGAGCUUCAAAGACCUCCACGCAGCGUUUGAAAAAAAAGAAAAGAAAAAAAAAAGGACACAUUAAACCAGACCGACACACAUGCAAGCACAAACCCACGCAUCCACACAAAAACACACAAAUACGUUCUAUAGAUGCAAUGUGUGAUUCAGUGACCUCUCCAUAACAGCAGAAAAAGCAAAACAUCUGAAACACUUUUUAGGUAGAAACAUGAACUCCGCACAUGUAACGUCAGUGAAGCUCUCAUUCAGACACAAAAGCACACAACCUGUGAAAAGGACAAAGAUGAGAAGAGGACUGAAAAACUGGAAUGCAUACUGUAAAUGUGUGAGGAUAUGCUGGUUGCCUGGGAUACUGGCUGGCAGACACGUCAACCUCCUGUACAUAAGCUACUAAAAUAAGACUGGGACAAAAAAAAUGUUUAGUGAGGUGUUCGUUGGUAAGCAAAUGGACAUAGCAUGCUGGGACGACAGCCGUGGAGACGUUGAAAGAAGUGGGAAUUCAGUGCGGCCCGCUGGCCUGUUUGACCUGAGCAUGUGAACUGCUAAAAGAAAAGGAUUCAAAACUCUUAUUUUGAAGAACUGCUUGAGAGGAGAAUAGAACCUCUCACGUCGUCUUUCAAUUCAAGACGAGCAGCACGCUCACUGGAGGGCACAGAGGGGCUGCGGUUCGCCUCGACGUGUGCACAGAUGGCACCGGUCGUUUUCGCAGGACAGAAGCAUUGUUAGAUGGAGAAAAUUUAAAAAAACAACAAAAAAACACUGCAAAGUCAUGCAACUGUGCAAAAGUGCUUCAUCAUAACCCUCUUCAACUGAGGCUCGGAAAGCAUCGUGCAUGUUGUUGUUAAUGUUUUAAUAAUAAGCUAAUUAUUUUAAGAGGCUCUUUUUUUUACGCCCUCCCUAAAAAGCAAAAAGUUACUUCUUUUUUUUUCAUUUGCUUUCCUUUCCAAACCAGUGCUUCUACUUCUGGGGGGCAAAAAUUGCAGGCGACAUAGUAGUCUUCAGUGUGCGUAACCCCUUCUGCUCCCAAGGAUUCUGUGUAUAAGUUAUUUUGUUGUUGCUUUUUCUGGGAUUUAUAGGGCACAAAUCCCAGUUGUCCGCUAUGCUAAAAGCCCAGUCUGAAACAAGACUGCCAGUUGUUUGUGUACAUAUAUACGACAAACGUAACUCUCUGUGUAUAUACAGUACAUAUACAGUACAAGAACACCACUUGAUUAUUAUUUAUUUGCUCAUUGUUUUGUGAAAGGGUUGCAUUUAUUUUUGAUAUUAUGGUAUUUUUGGCUCAUCAGUAUAUUGGAGAAACAAUGGCAACAGCAGCAAAAAAAAAAAAAAAUCUUUGAUGGACCAAGUGGCCGGAUGUCUGUGUGUCAAAAAGGAAUCCCCCCUUUUUGAGGGAGCUGAACAUGAAUUAAUUAGAAGCACGAGUGCAGGGGUUUGUGUGUUCAUUAAACAAAACGUCUGACAGAGAUCCCACCAACGAUAAGCACAAUUUUGUCUCUUUUUGCCUUUCAUACCAGAUCAUCUCACUAUUUUCCUCUUCUUUUUUUUCUCCUGAUCCCAUCAACAUUUUUCAUCCAGUAGCUAUUAUGUGUAAGAUAAUUUCCCCAAACUGAAAAGCAUUAGCUGUGAAUUUCUGUAAGAAAUAGUGGAGAAAAAUGUUAAAUCUAGUCUGAGGAGAAGACACAUUAUACUGCAUGUGAAUGCUACCUACAGUAAGUGCAUCUUUUUUAUUGUCUUUUUACGUGUUUUGUGUGAGAGGUUAAAAAAAAGAAAGGAAAAAAAAAAAUCCCUCAAAGCAACGUGUGAAUUAAUUUUGCCAAACAGUGAUAUUAACAACUCAUGAUAUCCUAGCCAAAGCUGUUUUAAGGUCCAAGCUCCUUAAUCUUUGAUUCAACAAUGGUACCUCCUGUCUCCCCGCGCCCCCCCGAGUUCAUGACGAGAGUAAUGUGUCAAUGCAAUAAAUUAGAGCAAGAUAGUGUUCCCUACCAACGCUCAAAAGUUUGUUGUGUCCCUAAUCCGGGUCUUUCCCUCAGAGUUAGAAAUGUGAGAGAGCUGAAAGUUACCACUGCUGUAACACAGUUCUUUCUGGCAUGCAUUCAGUUGUCUAAAUAAACAUCUCUGUUACAAGAA